AUGUGUAACGAAGAACGUAUCGAGUAUGUAAAUAACUAUAGGGGCAUAUUUGUUUGUAUUCGUGGUGAACAAGAUUAUGAAGAUAUUUCCUUUCGAAGUUUGUUCUCAUUUUUAUCUUACGAAGAACAAGCAGACAACUUAGGAGACGAAACCUGUAAAAUUAGCCAAGUGUAUGAUUAUAUAAAGGAAAAAUGUCGUGAUAUUGUGUGUUACCCUGGACGUGUACUGAUUAAUGAGACGUGUGUACCACUUCUGUCAUACACUUCUAAUCUUGCUUAUACACUUAUAUUUGGAGUUGAUGUUCAAUCUGAGGUUCCGAUACCAUACCAACGAUACUUACUACAAAAGAUAGAAGAAGAAAUUAUGGUUCAGCUAGAAGAAAAAGAAAAGAAAUAUAACGAGGACUUAGAUGAUGAGGAUCUAAUCCCGACACCCCCAGACGGCGGGUGGGGAUGGAUGAGUAUAUUGUUAUUUUUUGUAGGUCCCAUAGCCAGUGGUCUUGUGAAUAAAUUUGGUUGUCGUCCAGUCACAAUAGCAGGAAGUAUAAUAGCCUCGGUUGGAUUUUUAUUAGGAUCCUUCGCUCCUAACCUUAACAUACUUAUAUUGACAUAUGGAGUUCUUGGAGGUCUUGGUUUUGGUUUGAUCUACUUGCCAUCUAUUUUAACAGUCGGUUUUUAUUUCGAGAAGAGACGAGCACUUGCUACGGGAAUCGCGAUGUGUGGUUCCGGAAUCGGGACAUUCGUAUUUUCACCGUUAAAUGACUAUUUGUUGGGACUGUAUGGUUGGAGAAACUUACUUUUUAUCCAAUCUGGAAUAAUUUUAAACGGUGUUGUGUGUGGAAUGUUAAUGCGGCCACUGAAAGUAAAACCCAGAAAGCAAAGUAAGAACAACACACUAAAUAAACAUUCAAAACAAAUGUCUGAGGAAAAUCGUCAAAGGACAGAAUCGGAUCCAGAUGUUUAUGAAAGAAAAAUAAUGACAGAUUUGCUAAGCAAAGACCCGUCUAUAAGGAAAAUUACCAACGGCAGAGGGUCUUUACCGGAAGUUCAUUUUGUAAGCACUAAAAGUAAUGAAAGCAUUUCAAAUAUGAAAGAGACAUACCAGCCUUUGAUAAUAAAAGAAAUUAUUCCUAGGACAACCCGAAGUAGAGCUGAUUCGCAACUCUCAGUGAUGCAACACAGAAUAGACUUUGCAAGACCAAUGUACAAAAAAGAUAUUUUCUACAGUGGAAGUAUAGACAGGAUACCACAAUUUAGAUCUCAGCCUAAUGUCCAUAGUUAUGUAGCCAGUAUAACAUCUAUUCCGGGAAUAGACGAACCAGAGAGAUCCUCACUUUGGGACAAAUGUACCUGCUUGCCCAAAACUGUGACUGAUAUUCUCAAGGAAAUGUUAGACUUUUCAUUAAUGUUGAAAAUCUCGUUUUUCAUGUUGUCUAUAGGGAACGUUUUUGCUUGUACUGGAUAUUUCAUACCAUUUUGCUAUAUAGUGGACAGGGCUGUACAGAUGGGUAUUUCCAGUUCUAAUGCUGCUUUCCUGCUGUCAAUAAUGGGAAUCACCAACACCAUAGGAAGGGUCCUGUGUGGAUUUCUCGCUGAUCUCAGUUUUGUCAAUCCAUUAAUUCUGAACAAUGCAAUGCUAGUACUAAGCGCUGUCGUCUUGUUUAUGGAGCCACUUUGUACAACCUAUGCAAUGCUGGUUGGAUUUUCUGUCAUAUAUGGUUUAUGUAUAGCUGCAUAUAUUUCCCUGACUUCUCCUAUAAUAUGUGAUCUCCUUGGAAUUGGUAAACUAUCGAAUGCUUUUGGUCUACUUAUAUUAGCCAGAGGUGUGUCAGGCAUAUACGGUCCUCCUUUAGCAGGUGCAGUUUUCCAAGCAACCAGUAACUACGAUGCUUCAUUUUACCUUGGGGGAGGAAUGUACUUAUUGAGUGCAGUCUGUCACAUGGUGUUACAUUUUCCAUGCAUUAAAAAGGACGAACAAAGGAAAGAAUUGAACAUAGCAUGAGCAUAGAACAGAGGAAAAGUGAUAUUCUUUAUUUACACAAAGGAUAAUGAAAGAGAUGAAAUGAAUGUACAUAGUGA